UUUUAAUUUGAUGAGAUUUUUUUUUUGAUUACAAGCAGAGAAAUUUUUUACAUAAAUUGUAAAUAGUGCUAAAUGCUAAACAAAGAAAUAAAUGCCUUGAAUAUUGGAGCCUAUAUUGAGUCCAGGAAAAAAAGUUUAACAAAAGAAAAAGAAGAAUUGCACAGAAAGUCUAUAGAAUAUAAACCUUCUAAUUCAAAUCAUGAGAUCACAUUGUAUGAUUCAGCUGUAAAUCAACAUAGUAAGGUUUAUACUUCCUCUCAUGACGAUGAUAGUAAAGGUUGUCGUAGUAAUCCUAUGGAAAAAAUUGAGUUUACAAGACCAUUUUUUAAUUUUGAAGAAUCUGAAAAUCAACAAAAGAAAUUAAAAGAUGAAAGAAAGAAUGAUUAUGCUGAAUAUUUAGCAGAGCGUGAAAAAAAGAUUUCAGCCUACAAAUCUUCAUUAGAUUAUAGCUACAAUCAUAUGGUUCAACAUAAGAAAAAAGAAGAAGAGAAAUACAGGGUUCAAAUGGGUGAUGUAUUAAAAGAAAGUGCGAAAAAAAAAGUUAUUGAAUUUGAUUCUGAUGAAGAAGAACUCUUUCAGCAGGUGUUGCAGGCAAAGAAUAGAAUUAAAAGUGCUGAUGAAACUAAGCGAGUGACAAAAUUAAACGAGCAAAAAAGAUCUUCAACAUUUGACAAUAGUCAUAAGUCAUAUCCAUUUUUAUCUAUAUUUGAAGAUCACACAAAUUCUUUAAAAGCAGAAAAAAGUAAACAGUACAAGAAAGAAUUAGAAGAUCAAAUAAAAGAAAAGGAAAAACUUAAAAUGAGGGACAAGCUACAGCGUUUAGGUCGUUUUAACUCUGUCAGUGAGUCUUAUGAAAAUAAAUCCUCUGCAAAUACACAAUCAACUUGGUUUUCAGCACAAUCAAAAGAUAGUGAUAAUGCAAAUGAUUCCCCUAAAUUAUACUUAAAUAGAAACCAAGCACCAAUCCAUUAUCAAAAUUCGUCUGUACCUUGGACAAAUUAUGCUGUAUCUGCUCCUCCUGUAGGUUAUAUGACUGCACCUCCUGUUAGUUAUGUCGCCGCACCUCCUGUUGGUUAUGUGAAUGCAACUCCUGUUAAUUAUUUAUCUACAAAUCCUGUAGGAUAUUCUGCCAGCCAACCAUUUGUUUAUCAGCCAACUAAAUAUGACUUGUCUCCUGUAAAUGGCUCUUUUACUGCUGCUAGUAUGCAGUUGCCACCAACAGAGUUUGUUGCUGACCAUGAUUCAGAAAAUAUUCCAAGAAGAAGAUAUAAUCAACCACCUGGAGGAGCAUCUAGUGCUUUUAUGGGAAGCUCUCAUUCCACACAGGACAUUGAAAUAAGUAGAGCUAAGAAAUUGGCCUACUCUAAUGAUUUGAAUAAACAAAUGGAGUUAAAAAAACUUUCUGCUCAAAAAGAAAAAGAUGAACAUGAAAGAUAUGAAAGAAAAUUGGAAACAGAAGUGUAUGAUCCUUGGGGAAAAGGUGGUGCUGGAGCUCCUAUGAGAAAUGCAAAAGGAGAAAUAGUUGCUGAUUUAAGAAAAUUUCGUAACACAACACCUGUUGAAGAUUUAAAUUUGAAAGAAUCAAAUUCUACUGCUAUAACAUCUGGAAGUGAUGGAUCACAUGAUAAAGUUACUAAUUUGAAAAAUGUCUCCACUCAAGAUAAAGUUUCAACAACAACAACAUAUGCUCGGGGCGCUGCUCUUCAAGAAUUGAAAGGUCAAACUAAUAAUCCUAACGAGAAGUGUAAACAAGAUGAUUAUAAGAUGUUUUUAAAACAACAGGUUGAAGAAAAAAAAAGGAGAGAUCAAGAAUUAAAGGAAAAAAUUAGGUUGGAAGAGGAAAAAGAGAAUCAAAGGCUUCUUGAACAACAACGAAAAAUGAAAGAAGAUUUUGAUAAAGAAAAAGAACGACAAAGGCAAAAAGAAGAAGAGUUAUGUAGACAAAAUGAAGAACUCAGGUUGUUAGCAGAGCAAAGGCGCAUAAAAGAAGAUAAAAAACAAAAAGAAACAACAGAUUUAAAAAAAGAAAUUCAACAUGAUAUCAUUCAAGUUCCAGAAAAACCUAUAGUUCGAAACAGUUCACCACCAGUUCCUGCUGUCAUCAAGGGUAUAAAAAACAUAGAAAACAUGAAGAAAGAAAAAAAAGGAAAAGAAGAAUUGCCAGCAAGUUUGAAUGCAGUGCAUAAUAGUUUUUCUCAACAAGAAGCACUUAUAGAACAAUUGGCAGCACUUCGAAAGCAGUUACAAGAACAAGAGAACAAAGUAAAAAAAGAUUUGGAACUAAAUAAGAGUCAACAUAAAAUCAUUCAAAGUUCUUCAAAAAAACAUGCAAAACCACUUAUAAAAAAAGGGUUGGAGACCGUGUUGAUAAAUAAUGUUGCUGAAACAUUGCCAAACAAUAAUAAGAAUGAAACAAAUAAUAAAUUUGAUUCAAAUCUUUUGACACAUCAGGAAGAUUACAUGAGAGAGCAAGAGAUACGUUUGAUGCGUUUGCGCGAAGGGUUAGAGAAAAAAAUCAAUGAUCAUAAAUUAUCUAGUUCGAUCAACAAUCAAUCAUUACUUCAAUCUGAUAGCACAUUUAUGUCUUUAAAUGCAAAUACCAAUAAGGAUGUUACCAAUAAAGAAAGUGAUUUUAAAACUCAUUUCAAGCAUUUCUUUGAUAACAAUCCUGGUAAUUUGGACAAUAUUGAUCAAAGGAAUUUGGAGAAUCUACAACAUUUUUCUUUUAAUAAUGGAAAAGAAACAGUCUUAAAAGAACAUUGAUCGAAAUCAGCCGAUCUUGAUAUUCAUCAUUUUCAAUUUAUUUUUAAAAUAUAAACAUUGUAAAUAAAAAAAUGUUAUUUAUAUUUUGUUGUAUUUAUCUUGAAUUAAAAUGUUUUUAAUAUUUUCUUGUUUUAAUUCA